UAAUAGAUGUAGGAAAAGCCCAGGGGUUGAAAUUAAGGCAAAUUGUGUGAUCUUCAAGUUUGACUUCUUCAUAUCAGAAUCCAUCAAACUGAGAGGUGCGUGAACUCCAUGAAGCUUACAACAGAGAUAUUCUCAACAAGCAAUCUCAUUGUGCACGCAGCCUUUGCAAUAUCCCUCACGCUCAUCCUCUCCCUUCUCAAGAUCCCUGCUUUAUUUCUUCAUGGCCUCCACACUUACAUUCACCCAGACGAUGUCAAUCCCAACGCCACCACAUCUAGCGGAAUCCGAGCGGCAAUCAGGAGGCCAGGCGCCGCCGACUCCGAACACCCCAAGCCCAGAAAGAAAUCCAAGGACAACUUCGAGUUCGACGAGAAUAAAGCUCAGAUCUUUAGACUCAAACUCACUGAAGGUCACCUCCAAUCCAGAAUUUAUUUUGGCGAUUUUUACACAGCUUUUAAUUUCUCCGUUAUUGGGUUUCUGUCUCUCUCGCUUCAUACAUUCUUAAGGGUUGAUACCGAUUCUGGAUUGGUGAAAAGUGGGACAAUAAUACCUCUUUUGUUAGGGCUCGUGGGCGUUUCAAGAUUGUUUAUCUUGAUCAUUAGGGUCGGAUUUCAGAGGUCCGCAUCGAAGAGGUCUGAGAGGCAAUUGAGCUUCGUGUGUGGGGUUUUGGGGUUUCUGUUGGGGUUGAUUAUUGCUUUUGGGGUUCUUCCUGAUUGGAUUCUUGAUUUUAGCUUUAAAUCAUUGGAUGGUUUAGGUAAAUUUUUUCUUGCUGUUUCCAUGGGAUCUACUGUGGGUUAUCUCUACAUUCCUGCUUUGAGAUAUGCACGGGCUUUUUGGCUCGGGACCGAUCAAAUCCGCUCUAAUUUGUCGAUAAUUUCGUGCGGAUGGUUGUCAAGAACACUUCUUUAUGCUAGUUACAUAGUGACUGUCUUCACUUCAUUGCUUUGGAUUAGCCCUUUUGCUGACCUCCUCAUUAAUGGUGGCGCGAAUAGAUCACAAAUGGCUACUAAUAGGAGAGAGGUCAUUGAAAUAGCUGGCCGUCUUGGUAUGCCAAGAUCGAGUUUUGACAAUGUGAGGAGCUGGUGUUUGUUUGGUUCAGGAAUGCUGCAGUUUUUAACCUUGAGGCCUAACAUACAGUUGUUCCUAAACGAAGCUGUGCUGUGCUGGUACCAAAGACUGCACGCCAGCAAAGUUCCGGACUUGGAAUAUAGCAGGGCGAAGGUCUUUCUUCACAACCACUACCUAUGCCUAGCAGUUGUGCAAUUCUUUGUGCCUGCCAUGAUGAUACUUCUUCUGUUUGGCUUGUCUCAACUCGAUGAUGGAUUCCUUAAAGGUACCCCGGGGGUUCAUAACUUUAAACUUUACUCAGCUUGGGUGAAAGAAGUUGCGUUCUUCAUGGCUUGGUGGAUUAUCUUUGUUUGGAGUGUGCUUAGUUCAGCCAUCCUUGCCUUGUAUCGCCAUGGAACUUUAUAUGUUUCCUGAUUUUACAGCUCUUGGGGAUGCCACAUAUUUUGAUCAUCCAACAGUCUGAACUGAUUAGCAGUGUGAUUCACCUUUUAUGUUUCACCUGGGAACAUGACAAGUUUUGCCAUUUUUGCAGAGUUUUUAUUGUCUUUGCCGUUCCUGGUUUAAACGCUUGCCUAUACUUCAAUUGGAAAACUUGCUGUUACUCACUUUGAAGUUUUUACCUGUACAUGCACCCAUCAUGGUAGACUAGAGAGUUGAUCUUGAAAUCUAAUCAUUCAGUUUCAUUAGAGAUAAAAUGAGGUUCAUUUA